AUGUGUGGCCUCCUCAAAGAUAGGCUCAUUCAUGAAUGCCUGGAUAUUGUACUUGAACCCAUCAAGCAAGCUGUCAAACUCAGCAUUAUGUUACUGGAUUCUCUGGGGCACAUGUGGUACUGUUUCAUGCCAAUCACAGGUUAUAUUGCUGACACUCCUGAGGCUGCCAUGCUUGCAGCUGUUGGGGGAAAGACUUCCCCAAUCACCAUGGUGAUGUACAAACAGUUCAGAGACCCAUUCCGACAUGAGCCACAAACUGCAUCCACCACUUUGGCUCAGCUCGCAGUGGUGAGAUCGAAGGUCCACCCUACAAACAUCCAAGUCUUCUUUCAUGAAGCACAGCACUUUUGCCUCAGCAGAGUUAGUGACCCAUUUUGGAGGGACAUUCUGCUUUCUUGUCCAAGCACUUUUAUAACUCCAGAGCCCCUUUACCAACUGCACAAGGAAUUUUGGGACCAUGACAUGAAGUGGUGCAUAAAUGUGGUUGGUGAAGCCAAAAUCAACUUUUGCUUUUCAGUUUUACAGCCUACUGUGGGGUUCCAUCACUUUAAAGGUGGUGUUGCUAAGCUGAAGCAGGUGACUGGGCAUGUGCACCAUGAUGUCCAACAUUACAUCAUCAGUGUUAUCACUGGAGCAGCCCCUCCCAAAAUUAUUACUGCUAUUUGUGCACUCAUGGACUUCUGA